CUCUAAAGCCACGCUAUCUAUUAGACACUACAUUUUACUGUAUUGCCGUCACCUGGCUGAACUGAAUUCCGUUUGUCAUCAUUAGACACUAUUAAACACCACGCAUUAGACUUGCGCUGUCCAUCGCGUUUGAACUCUUACACGGUUACUAUCACACCAGCAAAAUUGCCACCAAUCUGAAAUACUACACUUGAUCCAUUAAGGCUGAAUUCCACCGAAAGCCAUUAUAUCAAGUCUGAGCGUCAUUUUAGCAUCUCCCAGUAUACACAUCUGAGCACUCUCACACGGUAUCCAGACCUACACCCUUCAUUGCUUGAAUUCCCAUUCAUACCCCCCUCCCAGGCUACCUUUAAGCUCCACAGUUGUAUACAUUUCCACACCUACAGUCAUUAUCUCGUGGUUGCCCAAAGCCAGAGUUCCGCCGACUUUCCAUUCUGAACUCUCUGCUAACACCAACCCGCUUGUGAUGUCCAUCCCGAGCUCUUUUGCGCUCAGCAACAUUCUCAACGACGCCGAGGAGGCUCCCGACAGCGACGGGACCGUCGAAGACGAAUCGCCACAGGAACUCAAACCGCUCCAGAACAUCCAGCCGAAGGAGGAACCUACGGAUGACGAGUUUGAUGAUGACAAAUCCAAGAGCGCGCCAAAAGCCGCAGACAUGUCGCGCCUCCCGUUGAUCCAACGAUCGCGCCGCGACUACAAGAAGAUCUACUCCAAGCUCUUCCAGACGUUCAAGCUGGCGAUGCUGGAAUCUGAGAUCCUCUACCACCAGGACGUCCAACAGCGCCGCUACGUGCAAUUUCUCACGCAGCGAAACAACAGCAUGUUAGAUCUUCUCGACACAGCGCUUGAUGGCGUGCCGCGCCUCCAGGGUUCGGUGGAGCAGCUCAACUUUUGGUCUCAUAACCACAAUGACUUUUCUCACGGCUUUUCCCACGGUGACACAGACGACACGAGCAUUCUCCUGGAGCACGAAAGGGUACGGCUAGAGGCCAUCUCUGCGCGCAGCCCAGCGUUAAAGCGAAAACUCGCGCCGCUCUUUGAAUUGUCCAGCACCCUUCCAAUAAUCCAUCCCGCGCCUGUGCGCUCCUUUGCCGACUUAUCUGCAGCGGACAUGGAGUACACACUCCAAGAGGCGGUGCCGUUGACGUUGACUACCGCUGAGAUGAAUGAAGCGAACCCCAUGAACUCCAUCCAGUGGAUGAAACGCAAUCACAACGACGUGCUCCAGAUGUUGUCUUCCGUUGGUGUUGCAAACAAUAGUGGUGGGAUUAAUGGAACACACCACCAUGCCGACAAGGAAGCGGUCCGCAAAGAGGUCAAAAAGGCCAAGGUGGAGACAAAACUGAAGGCCCCCGGACGCCGUAAGAAGGCUGAGCCCCGGCUGCGUCGUGGGACAAAUGAUAUGAAGGAGGAUGGCACGAGCAAGCCCAAAAAGAAGGACAUGAAGAAGAAGAUUGUGUUGAGUUUGAAGCCCAAAUCGGAGUCGACAGAGGACGAUGUGGAUUCGACAAUUUCUCCGGAGAGUGAGGCCGAGAAGCCUGAGGCUCAGCAGUCAAAGGUCAAAGAAAAGUCCAAGGAAGCUGAAGAGAGAGCUGAGACGGAAGAGAGGGCCGAGGUCCAAGAAGAGUCCCAAGAGAAGAAUGAAAAAAUUGAGGUAAAAAUUGGUGAAGUUGGUAAAAUCGGCCAAAAAGUUGAGGUCAAAGUGGAAGAACAGGAUGCUGUUAUGGUAGAUGCCUAGAACCGAGAAAACUACGCAACUGACAAUUUGGGUAGAUGUAUUUUUUCCAAGUUUUUAAAGGUAUAUGAUUUAGGUUUUAGGAAAUAGGUAAGCAGUGACCCAAGCGAAAUGUACGGAAGAGUAAAGAGUUGGUGCAAUAGUUUCGCUCUAAGUCGUUGGGGGUAAUGAGGAGGAAUAAUUUUA